GUUUGGUUGGCAGUAUUCAGAGAAGCUGGAAGAACACAUCAUAAAAUUGCAAACGGAUUUGAGCCGUUAAAUUUCUAUCAUCUUCCCUCGUUGGUCCGAAGGGUCCAGAGAUGCUUGUAAUGGCACUUCCAAGAUGGAAGCUUUAUUCAUUUUCUGACCUUAACUAACCCGAAUUCCUUGUUCAUGGAUUCAAACAUUAUUCGAUUAUCGUCUCCGAUUACACUCAAACACACCCUUUCAGGCAAAACCGUCCACCUCCAUUCUCUCCCCACAAAACCAUUCAAUUUCAGGCUGCACUGCAGCAAGAGUAGCAGCAGCGGCGGCGUCUCUUUCGAUGGAUCCGCUUUUGAGGCCGAGAGGCUGAGGCUGGAUGCCAGGGCACGGCAAACAAUGGCAGAGACUUCUAGAAGAGAGAUUGAAACGGGUCAAGAAGAUGAUAACCCGAAAGCAUGGAAAUGGGUAAUACGGAAGAGGAUUUGGGAUUUGAUGGAGGCCCGGAAUAUAGCUCAGAAUCCCAGACCAGUUCACCACCGGAUUCCCAACUUCGUUGGUGCUGCAGCUGCUGCAAAAAAUUUGGGUGGGUUGGAGGUGUUUCGUGAAGCGGAUUGUGUGAAGGUGAACCCAGAUUCACCUCAAAAGCAAGUCAGGUUUCUAACACUUUCUGGUGGGAAGAAGUUGCUAACACCUCAGCCUCGUCUGAGAACAGGAUUUUUCUCUGUACUUGAAUCCAAUAUGCUUUCUCCUAAUAACAUCGAUGAGGCAUGCACUUCUGUAGGGGUGGCCAAGUAUGGAAGGCCAAUUGGGUUGGAUGAAAAGAUCAAGGUGGAUAUAAUUGUCAUUGGCUCAGUUGCUGUAGACCCAAAGACAGGAGCUCGACUUGGCAAGGGAGAGGGAUUUGCUGAACUUGAAUAUGGAAUGCUGCGGUAUAUGGGAGCUAUAGAUGACUCUACACCAGUUGUCACAUCAGUGCAUGACUGUCAAUUGGUGGAUGAUAUUCCAGUGGAGAAACUAUUGGUCCAUGAUGUUCCUGUGGACAUCAUUUGUACUCCCACUCAAGUCAUUUUCACAAACACAGCAAUCCCAAAGCCUCAAGGAAUCUACUGGGACAAAUUGUCUCCUGAGAAGCUGGGACAGAUUCAGAUACUGAGAGAGCUCAAGAGCAGGAUUGAGCGGGAGACGGGACAGAAGCUUCCCUGUGGUCCAUCAGAGAAAUUACCCCCAACAGCUAGACGUAGGCGUUAACUUAUCAUACUCCUUUUUUUUUUGGCUAUGCCAAGGUAACUUUGUUAAUAUCUUAACACCAUCCCUUGUGUAUCAGAAAAAGAAAAGCAGAAGAUCAAUACAAAAAAACUGAGGUCUCAAGUACAUUGUUGUAUGGUGUUUGUGGCUUACCCCUGGCCUUCCAUCCAGAAGUAUUUCUGAUGGUGUAUUAUUAGUCCUUUGUUAUUUGAGUGAAACAUGCAAUGUAGUCCUUCAGCCCUCUACUUUGGAAACUAACGUAAUAUAUAUAUAUAUGGGGA